UGAUUCCAUCCCAAUUCCAUUCCACGCUUCUCAUGUGUCCUAUUACAGUCGCUGUCUACUCCCCGAAGACAAAUAUCAAAAGGUGAAAAAUGUUUCUCAUAGCUUUUCUCUUCUAGGGUUUUUCAAGCUACACAGAACAUGGGGAGCCCCAAAUCGGAUACUAAAAGGAGCGUUCCCUGCGAUUUCUGCAGCGACCAGGUAGCGGUUCUCUACUGCCGAGCGGAUUCCGCCAAGCUCUGCCUCUUUUGUGACCAGCAUGUGCACUCCGCUAAUCUUCUCUCUCGGAAGCAUCUCCGUUCCCAGAUCUGUGAUAACUGCAGUUCCGAGCCCGUUUCUGUUCGUUGCGAGACUGAUAAUUUGGUGCUCUGCCGGGAGUGCGAUUGGGAUGCUCAUGGUAGUUGCUCUGUUUCCGCUUCGCACUAUCGAAUUCCAAUUGAAGGAUUCUCUGGAUGUCCAUCUGCGCUUGAGCUCGCUUCAAUCUGGGGAUUCGAUCUCGAGGAGAAGAACUUGGAUAAGGAGCCUUCCGCGCCGUUGAUUCAGAGCUGGAAUGAUGGUGGAGUCCAGGAUAUGGUGAUGCAAAUCGAGCCAUGGUUGUCUAGAUCUACUGGUGGUGUGAGUUAUCUGGAUUUGAUGGUGCCUAAUGGUAAAGCCAUUGUUUAUGGGAAUGUGAGCGGUGAAGAGAUGGUAACGACGUCGAAGAGGCAGCGGAGUCCGAGUUGUGGGAGGUACAAGCAAGUGGUACAUAAGCAGUUGAUGGGCUUGUUCAAAAGAAAUCUGAUGGCCGGUGACGGUGGUGGUGGAGAGAAUUUGAUGCCGGAAACGCCGAGUAGGAGCGGUUGGCAGGGGGAUGUGGAGGCAGCUGAUUUUGGGAAUGGAAAUGAUGAAGUUACUGCCACAACCGUUGCGGGUUCAACAGUUCCUCAGCAACCGUUGCAGGAACAGGCGCCUUUCACAUCCUUGCUCAUGUUGGCAUCACCGAUGGAUCUGAAACCGAGUGGUCGUAUAGUUGGCGAGAAUUUAAUGUGGGGUGGCAGUGCCAGUGCUCAGGGUACCCAGAUAUGGGAUUUUAAUUUAGGACAAUUGAGGACCCAUGAAGAAUCUGACCAACUGGAAGUUGAAUACGGGUCAAGUGAUGCAGUGUUCAUGAUCAAGAAUAUUGGUGAACUUAUGAAAGAAACUUCAUUAAGUAACACAAAAAUGUUGGGAGGCCUGUACCAGCUGGAUUGCCCUAUGGCACAUGAUGACAUAUCAUUGUUUAAUAACAAAUCAAAUAACCCAACAGCCAGCCAGGGUCCAGCAACAUCUGAGAGCAACAACCUACCUACAGCAAGGACAUCGUCAGGCUCAACUCAUGGUAAGCUGAAAAACUCCAGUGGUGGCGAAGAUAUCCAGUUCAUGGAACAGAAAAUUCUUGUUAGAGGUGACAGUGUGAGAACAAUGCCACCAACGAAAGUUGAUAUUGAGCUGCUGGCAAAGAACAGAGGCACUGCCAUGCAGCGCUACAAAGAGAAGAAAAAAACCCGAAGAUAUGAUAAGCACAUACGAUAUGAAUCAAGAAAGGCCAGAGCUGAUACUAGGAAGCGAGUGAAGGGUCGAUUUGUGAAGGCUAUUACUGCAUCUCCUGAUGGGCGAACUGUGCUUUAGAUAGAGCUCCCUGCUCUGGUUGUAAAUAGUAUCAACAAUCCUUCCCCAGCAAAUGUAUAAUUCAGUAGUCCUUGUUUCUUAUUGUUGUGAUCUAUAUGUUGAAGCAUGAAUGUGUUCAUGUUCAUGCUCAUCCUCUCCCUAAAUGAAGUUCCACUUGAUGUUUUGGCCUAUUACUUUUACUAACAGAAAUGGCAGUGCUGAGAAAAAGAGCUGGUGGCUUAGCAGGCUGGA